AUGUCCAAAAGACCCGCUGAGCUCCCCCUGGAGCGAGACUUUUCCGGUUCCCCCGCCUCCAAAAAGGCGCGUGUCGAAGACGCCACCGAAGAGGGCUCCGCCAACGGCGCAGAUGUCGACGUUCAGGGAGCAGCCGAGUUAGAAGCAGAGGAGCUUGAGGAGGGCGAACAGGACCCCUCGGAAAUUCUCGAUAUCGACGAAGAUGCGCCUGCACUCAGCGCACCGAAGCGGCAAAGUGCUCCUAUGGAAGGCUACGGCGACUUGUAUCUCGACACGAUCAACCGCCAGAUCUUGGACUUCGACUUCGAGAAAUUGUGCUCUGUGAGUCUGUCAAACAUCAAUGUGUACGCAUGUCUUGUUUGCGGCAAAUACUUCCAAGGUCGAGGUCCUAAGUCGCAUGCCUACUUUCACGCGCUUGAGGUCGGGCACCAUGUCUUCAUCAACAUUGGCACAAGGAAAGUCUAUGUCUUGCCGGAGGGAUACGAAGUGCAGAACAAGAGCUUGGACGAUAUCAAAUAUGUGGUUGACCCGCACUACACCAAAAGUGAGGUUAUCAAGCUAGACAAAGAAGUCCACGAUGCUUGGGAUCUGUCAGGGUCUAGAUACAGACCAGGCUUCGUUGGCAUGAACAACAUCAAAGCCAAUGAUUAUGUGAAUGUUGUAGCCCAACUAUUGGCACACGUCCUACCUAUUCGCAAUUUCUUCCUCCUCCAAAACUUCCCAGUUCCCGGUACCCCGGAGAUCGUUUUGCGGUUCAGCACACUUGUUCGUAAGCUAUGGAAUCCAAAGGCUUUUCGAUCGCACGUUUCUCCACAUGAGCUGCUACAGGAGAUCGCUUUGCGGUCUUCAAAGCGGUUCACGCUCACGAAUCAGGCCGAUCCAGUCGAGUUCUUGUCUUGGUUCUUAAACACCCUUCACCUUGCUUUGGGCGGGUCUAAAAAGCCUUCCCCUAAUCCAACAAGUGUUGUGCACGCGGCAUUCCAGGGUCGUGUGCGAAUUGAAAGCCAAGCUAUCACCGCUCACUCCGAUACCCAGAAUGCCCGUCUGGUGUUUACUGACUCCGGUACCACCAAAAGCCAAGUCACGCCUUUCCUCAUUUUGACUCUGGAUCUACCCCCUACUCCUCUCUUCCAGUCUAUCAACCGAGAGUCGAUCAUUCCGCAGAUUCCCUUGACGACCUUAUUGAACAAAUACAACGGCUACACGGCAUCCGAGAAGUUGGACCACCGUGUCCGUCAUCGCCUUCUCCACCCUCUUCCUCCCUACCUCUUCUUCCACAUCAAGCGUUUCAGCAAGAAUCGCUUUGUCUCUGAGCGAAACCCAACGAUUGUCACUUUCCCUUCCCCUCGCUCUCUAGAUAUGUCCCCGUACGUUGAGCCGAACCCAGAUGUCUGGUCACCUGGCGAGCCAAUUCUGUACGAUCUCGUCGCAAACAUCAUUCUUGACCCAGCCAUGGUCGCCCCCGGAGCAAUGGAUGACGCCGCCGAAAAAGGCACUAACGCUGCAUCAGGAUCCGGUGGCUCUUCCGCUGGUGCUGGCGGUGGCAGCGAAAAGGUUGCAUGGCACGUCCAACUCCACGACAAGGCCAUGUCAGCAGAAAAUUCAAAGGCACAAAAGGCAAACGCUCAAGGGAAACACCAGCAGCGUGGCCCGGAGUGGCUCGAAAUCCAGGACUUGUUUGUCAAGCGUGCAGAGUCUGAAACACUGUUUACGCGUGAAGGCUACCUUAUGGUUUGGGAACGACGCAAGACCCCGGGGCAAAAAGGAAAGGCUUCUGCAUAG